AUGGCACCCAAAAUUUUCCUCACCGGCGCGACUGGCUACAUCGGAGGCGACACCCUGUUUGCGCUAUACAAUAAGCACUCUGAUUACGAGAUUGCGGCUCUGGUGCGAUCAGAGGAAAAAGCAAAGUCUGUCACCAAGGCUUUCCCCAAGGUACGAAUCGUCAUCGGUGGUCUGGACGACUCCAAGAUUCUAGAAGAUGAAGCAGCAAAGGCAGAUGUAGUCAUUCAUACUGCAGAUGCGUCCGACCACGAAGGCGCUGCGAAAGCGAUUGCAAAGGGCCUUGCAUCUGGCCACUCCAAAGAGAAGCCUGGAUUCUGGUUACACACUGGUGGUACCGGUAUCUUGUGCUGGGAGACCAUGCGUGAUGACAACAAGCUGGGUGAAUGGUCGGAACGCGAGUACAAUGACUGGACGGCCGUGCAAGACUUGACCGGAUUACCAAAAGAUGCUUUCCACAAGAACGUCGAUGAUCUCGUGCUUGCAGCUGGAUCGGAAUCUGUCAAGACAGCUAUCCUUUGCCCGCCAACUAUCUAUGGACGUGGACGAGGCCCACUGAACACCCGAAGCAGACAGGCGUAUGAGCUCGCACACUUGAUCUUGACCGGUCAAUACAUUCCCAUCAUUGGCCAAGGAAAGGCGCGCUGGAACAACGUCCACGUCUCAGAUCUCGCGCAACUCUUCGUUCUAUUGACCGAGGCUGCUGUAGACAAUAACACCGAUUCCAAACUCUGGAACGAGCAAGGCUACUACCUUGUCGAGAACGGUGAGCAUCUAUGGGCAGAUCUCGCGCGCCUCAUGGGCAAGAAGGCGACAGAGCUGGGUCUGGUAGAUAAGAAGGAGUUGAAGGAGCAACAGCUUGGUAAGGACAAGGCGAUUGAGCAAGCAGGUUUCGAAGCUGUGAGUUGGGGUUUCAAUAGCCGUGGUAAGGCGGAGAGGGCGAAGAAGCUGGUUGGAUGGCAACCAAAGGGGCCGAGCAUCGAAGACAAUGUCGAAGAGAUACUGAAGGAUGAGAAGAGUAGGUUGGAGAAGAAGUAA